GGUGACCCGCCGCCUCUGGGAAUUCGAGGCCUGGGUCGGGAAGCCGGGGUUCCACGUGGGACUCCGCCGUUAACAGCCCUUAGGAACGAGUGCCUCUGCUCCUCUGCACUUCAUUUCCCCCAAGUGACUAUUCCUGGCUUCCAGGCUGUUGCAGCUCCUCCGGGAGGAGAGUAUUUAAUAGAGAUUGAUGGAAGCAGAAACCAAAACUCUUCCCCUGGAGAACGCAUCCAUCCUGUCAGAGGGUUCCCUACAGGAAGGGCACCGGUUAUGGAUUGGCAACCUGGACCCCAAAAUCACAGAAUACCACCUCCUGAAGCUCCUCCAGAAGUUUGGCACGGUAAAACAGUUUGACUUCCUUUUCCACAAGUCAGGUGCUUUGGAGGGACAGCCCAGAGGGUACUGUUUCGUUAACUUUGAAACCAAGCAGGAAGCAGAACAAGCCAUCCAGUGUCUCAAUGGCAAGCUGGCUCUGUCUAAGAAGCUGGUGGUGCGAUGGGCCCAUGCUCAAGUCAAGAGGUAUGAUCAUAACAAGAAUGAUAAGAUCCUUCCAAUCAGCCUUGAGCCAUCCUCUAGCACUGAGCCCACUCAAUCUAACCUAAGUGUCACUGCAAAGAUAAAAGCCAUUGAAGCAAAACUGAAAAUGAUGGCAGAAAAUCCCGAUGCCGAGUACCCAGCAGCGCCUGUCUAUUCCUACUUUAAGCCACCAGAUAAAAAAAGGACUACUCCUUAUUCUAGAACAGCAUGGAAAUCUCGAAGAUGAUGGUUACGAAUCACUGUAG